AUGAGGAUAUUAGAAAAACUUCUCACCGCUGUUUUCCUCUACCACUUCAUCUUCACAGCACCAUCCACAGCGCAUAUCGUAUCUCUGAAUCUCCAAUCCAGUAACCGACAAAUGAUCCCUUUAUCGGAUUUUGAAUUUACAAAUGCAGGUUAUGUUUCCUUCAUGUUCACCUCCAUCGCAGUCACCUCCACCUCAUCACCUACUAAUGCAUCACAUAUUGGUUUCUUCCUUCAAUCACAUGAUUAUGAUUUCUACCUGCAUUCGCUUGAAACAAGAAACCAAGACAUCUUCGAAUUCCAACAAAACACUACUAUUUGUCCCUUGGAUUUCAAAUCAAACUCAUCAGUCCUCUUUACUUUCCAAAAUCUUUCUCAUGGUCCUCAGUUUUCCUUCAACAAAUCGUUCCAUGUAACAUAUUCCGGUAUCAACUCACUCUUCUUCGUCAACUGCAACAACGAAUCCUUCGUGACAAUGGAGGGUCAUGCAGAGCUUUACAACAUCGAUGAUGGCAAUGGCAAUGGCACUACCAAAAACUUUUUAUCAGCCGGGCUAACACAACUCCCGUCUCUGUACAUCAUCUUCUCUUUCAUUUACUUAAGUUCUCUAGGGUUUUGA